AUGGCCAUCGACGCCACAAACAGAUUAAGAAGAGAGAGAGAAAAAUGCAAUCUCAGCUUUGAAAAUGAAGCUAAACUCUGCAACUAUUUCUUCACCAAAAUGCUAGUAUCUCUCCGCCGUAUCUUCCACAUCAACCGCAGAAUCCCUAUCAGAGUAAGCCGCCCUUUCUUUCUAUAUCAAAACCCUCAUCUCAUAACGUUUUCCCCACCAUACGAUAGCUCUCUUGUUGUCUGCCCCUUUGUAUUGUUCACUAGUUUUUAUUUCGUGAUCAAGCUCCCAUUUGGGACCAAGUCUCGUUAUAAUACCAACAAUUUUUUAGAUGAUUUCGAUAAGGAAUCGUUGGUUAAUAUCAUUCGACAAGACCAAUGGAAUGACCCAAAGAUUGUGAAUUUGUUUGGUUCGAGCUUGGCGCCCAUUUGGGUGUCUAAGGUUUUGGUCGGUUUGAAACGGGAACCUCGUUUGGCGUUGAAAUUCUUCAAACGGGCUAAAACCCAGAAAGGGUUUAGCCCUACUAGUGAAUCAUAUUGUGUAUUAGUGCACAUUUUGUUUUAUAGCAAAAUGUAUUUUGAUGCUACUGCUGUUCUUAAGGAAUUCGUUUUGUCAAGGCGUGGAGUAGUGUUUCCAGGUUUCGAUUUUUUCGAUGUUCUUUGGUCCACAAGGAACGUUUGUCCAUAUGGGUUUGGGGUGUUUGAUGCUUUGUUUAGUGUGUUGGUGGAUUUGGGAUUGCUUGAGGAGGCUGGCAAAUGUUUUUCGAAAAUGAAGAGAUUUAGAGUUUUGCCUAAAGUUCGUUCUUGUAAUGCAUUUUUAAAUAAGGUUUGUAAGUCAGGGGGAAGAAACCGGUCUCAGAGGUUUCUGGAGGAAAUGGUCGGGGCUGGCAUAGCUCCGUCGGUAUACACUUAUAAUAUAGUGAUAGAUUGUAUGUGCAAAGAAGGGGAAUUGGAGACUGCAAGAAUGCUGCUCACACAAAUGAAAGAGAUUGACCUAACACCGGAUGUUGUCACAUAUAACUCCCUAAUUGAUGGAUAUGGAAAGGUGGGAUUAUUGAAUGAAGUCCUUUUCUUUUUUGAAAAGAUGAAGGACGUAGGGUGUGAGCCUGAUGUAAUUACAUACAACGCCAUUAUAAACUGCUUUUGUAGAUUUCAGAAGAUGCAUCAAGCUUUUGAGUUUUUUCGUGAAAUGAGGAAUAAGGGGUUGAGACCAAAUGUUGUCACUUACAGCACGUUUAUUGAUGCUUUUUGCAAGGAAGGGAUGAUGCAACAAGGGAUUAAAUUCUUGGUUGAUAUGAGGCGGCUUGGUCUUUUACCCAAUGAGUACACUUAUACUUCUUUAAUUGAUGCAAAUUGUAAAGCUGGCAACCUAACCGAAGCACUGAAGCUGGCUAAUGAGAUGUUGCAGGCAAAUAUUGCCUUUAACAUUGUUACAUAUACAACUAUAAUCGAUGGUCUUUGUGAAGCAGGGCGAAUAGAGGAAGCAGAUGAAAUUUUUAGGGCAAUUCUGAAAGCUGGAUUAACUCCUAAUGUGCAAAUUUAUACCACUAUCGCUCACGGCUAUAUGAAAGUUAAGAAGAUGGAGCAUGCCUUGAAUCUUUUCAAAGAAAUGAAGGAGAAAAGCAUUAAUCCUGACCUUUUGUUGCAUGGAACUGUCAUUUGGGGAUUAUGCAAUCAGGAUAAGAUAGAAGAAACUAAAAUUGUCAUCGGUGAAAUGAAGGAAUCUGGAUUGAGUUUAAAUCCUGUCAUAUAUACUACAAUCAUGGAUUCUUAUUUUAAGGCGGGGAAAAUAAACGAGGCACUGAAUCUGUUAGAAGAAAUAUGGGACCUCGGUAUUGAAGUUACAGUUGUUACUUUUUGUGUUUUGGUUGAUGGUUUGUGCAAAGCAGGAUUGGUUCUAGAGGCAAUCAAUUAUUUCAACAGAAUGCCAGAGUUCAAUUUACAACCUAAUGUCGCAGUUUAUACAGUAUUGAUUGAUGGCCUCUGUAAAAAGAAUUUCAUUGAAGCAGCCAAAAGUAUGUUUGAUGAAAUGCUAAAUAAAAAUCUAGUUCCAGAUACAACUGCUUACACUGCUUUAAUAGAUGGAAAUCUAAAGCAUGGAAAUUUUAAGGAAUCUUUGAAUCUGAAGAACCGGAUGAUUGAAAUGGGCAUGGAGCUGGAUUUGCCAGCUUACACUUCCCUGGUUUCAGGGUUUUGCCGAUGUGGUCAGUUACAGCUAGCAAGAGAAUUUCUGGAUGAGAUGAUAAGCAAGGGUAUCCUUCCCGAUGAAGUUCUCUACAUUGGUGUAUUAAGGAAGUACUAUGAGUUUGGGCAUGUUGCUGAAGCCAUUGAGUUGCAAAAUGAAAUGACUGAGAGGGGUUUAAUUACUAGUUCCGUCCAUCAUGUUGUUCCUAGUGUACAAACUUAAGGCCCAAUUGUUCGGUCAUCUUGUUCAAGCUGUGCGGACAACAUGAAUUGGAGGACGGGUGUACCAUAAUAAAGAAUAAGAAACUGAAGGUAUUCGUUGUUGUGAGAAUGCAACCAUAUUUGAGUAGAUCAUGGAUAAAGGAUCCACGGCGUCACGUUUUAAUGAUGCAAAAUCGUGAUAAUGGUUCAUUUUGGAGUCAACUGAGCAUUUGAUGUACGGUGCCUAGAUCAUAUCUUCCAUACCUUGAUGCUGACUGGUGAGAUAUAGUCACAACUGACAGUUUUGGUUUCUUCAAUGUGUAGAAACAGUGGGAAAUGUGCAUCUUAUUGAUACAUAGUUUUUAUUGGAUGAAAUUACAGUUUAUGAACUAGAAAAACUAGAUUUGUUUUCCUAUACUCUUCCAUAUUUGCUUUUAUUUCUUAUGUUAUCAUAUAAAUUGAAUGUGACUGGGUUUAUCCUUACUUGGACAGUUUAAAAGGUUGUGCUCACAGUACUAAAAAUGUUAGAGAAACUAAACAUUUCAAAGAAAUAAAACCAACCUAUGUUACUCAGACUCGCGUCUGAGUGUC